AGGGAACGAAUUACAUUGUACUCACGAGAUUGCAGAUCAAAAGUAAUUUUUAAAUGACAUUAUUGGAUACACUUUAAUGAUAAAAUGAGCGGGAAAGAAUUAACAAAUUUUAUUACGUUCGAAGAAAUUUUUAAUGGAGAUGUUUGGAUUUUACGUUGUAUGGGAUUGUCAUAUUUUAAUCGUGUGUUUUCGAAUAAAAAAGAAACUGAAAAAUGGUGGGAAAAAAUAAUUCCAUUGUGUGGUAUUUUAACAAUGAGUUUGUUGAUUUCUAUGGAAAUAAUAAGAGCUUUACGAGUAAUAGUAGUUGAUAUUCCUGAUGCAACUGAAAUACUUACAGCAAUGCUUUCCGGAAUGCUUUGUACCUUUAAAGCAAUAAGAUGUUGGACUCAUCGAAAAGAACUCUUUGAAUUUUUACGAAAGUUAAAAAUUCUAUGGGAAACAGCUAACUUAAAUAACUUCGUCACUGACAGUAUAUUAGAUACUGUACUUUUUGCAAGAUCAUUAAGAAAUUAUUUGACAUACACAUGUAUUGCAUUAGCUGUCAGUUACGGGUUUCCUGCUUACAUUGUUCUCGGCAGCCACUUGAUUUUUUACAGAGAUCAAUACUUUUUCAAUUUAUCCAUCAUAAUAUACCCAGUCGAUUAUCCGUUUGUAAUUAAUUCAUAUGGAGUGUACUUCAUGUGUCUCCUCUUCGAACAAGUAGCUGAGUUACUUGCUAUCGUUUUCUGGUUGUGCGGAGAUGCACUUUUCAUUCAAUUAACAACACAUGUUUAUGUUCAAUGCAUGAUAUUAGUCAACAGGCUUCAUGAUAUUAAUAAAACUAAAAUUGCUUCUUCUGAAGAAAACAACAAAGAACUGGCAGAUAUUAUCUUUCGUCAUCAUCAAUUAUAUUUACAUUGCUGCUGGCUCCAAAAAUUUUUCAGUCCUAUCGCAUUUUUCGUGACUUUAAUAAAUGGAGCUAAUCUUUGCUUUUCUUUGUAUCGCGUCGACGGAGAAAUAAAUGAACAAAACUGGAGUAAUCUUUUGAUAAACGUACUCCAUUUGGUCGCAGUUCUUGGCCAAACAGUUUUAUAUUGCAAGUAUGCCGACACUUUGGCGGAAAAAUUUGAAGAGAUAAGUUAUGCAGUUUAUUACUCCAAUUGGACUCAUUGCGAUAAAAAAUUAAAAACAAUGAUGAUAAUGAUAAUAAGACGAGCUCAAAAACGAUAUCAAUUUACAAUUUAUGGGAUUAUUACCCUCAAUUUAUUGCAAUUCACAAGGAUCGUUAAUGCUGCGAUGAGUUACUUUGCGCUAUUAAGAAGCUUUGGAUAAUUUAAUUUUUUUAUAACUACAAUGAAUUGGUUGUAAACCUAAAAAAGUUAUUUAAGAUUGAUGUCUCCGUUAUGUAGUUUAAGAGUCAAAAAAAUAUUUUUUUUUUCAAUACA